CGAAGCCCAAUGAAAGCAGAAGAGACGUCCGUAAGACGAAUCCUUCAUCAACACGUUUUCGAAGAUACCAUGAACUGUCAACUCUCAAAAAGGUACACUGGGUAUUUGACAAUAGCUUCUCUACUCGCGGGAUAGGGUGGAAUUGGCGCAUUCCACAUCUCCCCCCAGCACCGUCUCAGGAAUCAUCAAAGACAGAAGUACUGCUCCUUCUGAUAUGUCGCAUUGGACGAGAAUAUAUCAUCCACGACAUAAGCGCAACGAUGGUUUUACGUUUUACACAAAGCGGAAGCACGUCGCUAUGGGACCUUGACGUAAUACGUCGCAGCCUUGCCGUUAUCUCAUGGGCCGCAUCUACAAUCACGUUAAUGGAUAUUGGAUACCACGUCCUCUGCGUCGUGGGAACCGCUACCGGGCUAUUCUGGAACCGUAUCGAGACUCUCCACCCGCUGAUGGGGCAUUGGGCAAACUGCUACACCUUAGGGAGGUUCUGGGGCCGUACCUGGCAUCAGAACUUUCGAAGAGCUUUACAGAUGCCCGGCCAGUACCUGGCGCGAGACGUCUUACGCGCUUCAAAAGGCUCCUUGCUUUCUCGCCAUAUCCAGUCGUAUACUGCAUUCCUUCUUUCAGGGCUUUACCAUUAUGGUGCCGCCAAAAUGACUGUACCAACAGCGGGCUUUUAUGGCACUUGCGUCUUUUUCGCUGUCCAACCAAACGCCCUUUUAUUGGAAGACUAUGUCCUCCAUUUUGCUAAAUCACGAUUCGGCUGCAAAUCGCAAAAUUGGCAUAUUCUUGGGUACUUAUGGACGUUUAGUGUCUUAACAUACUCUGCUACUGGUUUCAUUGACGAGUCUAUCUGGUACAACUUGGUCAGAGCUUUUCCCGUUUUCUCUUCUUCGGUCACGUCGUUGUUUCUCGAUCUAUUGGUUUAAAGAUGUUCGUAGUCACCUUAAAAAAUCUUGAAGCCACCAGGAACAAGCUUUGAAAAUACUCCUUCAGGAUCAUAAAACUGC